UUUAUCUCUCUUUCUUUGCAGUCCAAUACCAGCAAAUUUUUAAACCAAAACAAUGUUAACCCAAAUCGUCCAUAGAACAAGUAAACUUUUAUUAGAACAACCAUAAUAAACCAUGAAUUUCUAAAAAAUUCCCAAGAAAACCCAAAAAAAAAAUGAAAUUCAAAAUGUUUUAAAGCAAAAUCGUGCAACUCAUAUAAUAAUGUUUCCAAGCGAACCCAAAGUGCAUCGCAAAUUUUCAAUAACAACAACAACAAAUUAUUUCCAUAUUCAAAGAGCGCGCGAAUUUGUGUAAUAUAUUUUCCACCAUCAUAAGCAACUUUUACCAAAUGAUUCCCAACAUGGAUUCCCGAAUGGAUGAACUCUCUGAAGAUGAGCCAUUUGGUACAUCGAAUGAUUCAUUGGUAUUCGAUUCUAUACCGGAUGUGGAUGCCGAAGUGAUGACUACAGGGAAUGCAUCUUUUAUGCAAUUGCCACCUGAUGACUGUAUGCAGAUGUACAAUAAUGUGUCUUAUAUGAAUGUUUCCUGUGAUACUUUGCUUGCAUAUAGCAUACCGUUAUAUGGCUAUUGUAUGCCAUUUCUGGUUAUGAUCACAAUAACUUCGAAUACAUCAAUUGUUUUGGUGCUGAGUAAACGUAGCAUGGCAACGCCAACAAACUUUGUCCUUAUGGCAAUGGCUCUUUGCGAUAUGUUAACAGCAAUAUUUCCAGCACCUGGACUCUCAUACAUGUACACAUUUGGGAAUCAUUACAAGCCACUAUCUCCGGUCUCGACAUGUUAUGCGUACUUCAUAUUUAACGAGGUUGUACCAGCACUUUUUCACACUGCUUCCAUAUGGCUUACAGUUGUCUUAGCGGUUCAAAGAUACAUCUACGUCUGUCACGCUCCAAUGGCACGUACUUGGUGCACCAUGGCACGUGUUAAACGCUGUACCUUCUUCAUCUGCUUAGCUGCAUUUACCCACCAAAGUACAAGAUUCUUCGAACGAACCUACCAUCCAUUGAACAUCGAAUGGAAUGGCAAUCAAGUCGAAGUAUGCCACAUGGAAACGUCGAAACUAGUCGAGGACUAUGUUGGCGUUGAUGUCUACUAUUUGGUGUACUUUAGCUUCCGAGUGUUCUUCGUUCAUCUGAUACCGUGCAUAAUUUUGGUUACCCUCAAUAUCCUGCUGUUCAAGGCGAUGCGCAAAGCUCAAGAACGUCGAAAGGCUCUAUUCCGUGAGAAUCGCAAAAAAGAAUCGAAGAAAUUGCGUGAAGCCAACUGCACCACCCUAAUGCUAAUAGUUGUUGUCACUGUAUUCCUUAUGGCCGAGAUACCGUUGUGCAUUUUAACGGUAUUGCAUAUCAUCUCGUCGGCAAUUACGGAAUUCUUGGAUUAUCGCAUAGCGAAUAUUUGCAUUUUGUUUGCAAACUUCUUCCUCGUUGUGAGUUAUCCGAUAAAUUUUGGCAUUUAUUGCGGGAUGUCACGACAGUUUCGUGAGACAUUUAAGGAAAUGUUUUUGGAUCGAGUGGCUGUGAAAAAGGAUACUUCGUCCAAGUAUUCGAUUGUAAAUGGACCGCGUACGUUUACAAAUGAAACGGUGCUCUAGUUGUAAGUGAAUUGUUUCUCUUUCUCAUGCAAGAGAAGGGAAAUCUCAAAUAAUAAUAUAGAAAUGAAGGGAAGGGACAUUUAUGUGUGAUGAUUUUGUGUGUGUGUGUGUGUGUAAAGGAGAUGGUGAGGAUUUUAUCUUUAAGUAAGAAAGUUUAAGUGUGUGAAUAU